AUAUUACGUUUGAUUUGUUUAUGUAAUGAAAAUAAUGAUUCAUAUAAGGGUUAAAUACACUUUUCCCCCCUGUAAUGUUAGCGAGUUUAGGAUUACUCCCCUGUAAAAAUAUUUUUUGUAAACCCCCCCUUAUGUUAUGUAGAUUCCUUCAUAGAACCCCCUAAUAUCCAGGUGGCAUGGAAUCUAAUAAGAGGUCCUACACCUGGCAUAUUUUUAAUUUUGUUAAAGUGAUUAUGUGUCAUUUUACACUUUGCCAUUUCAAAUUCCCCCUUAGAAAAUUAGGGUUCUGAACAUAGAUGAAGAUGACCUCAGGGAAGACAAAGAUGAAGAUGACCGCAGUGAAGACGAAUAUGAAGAUGAAGACGACCGCAGUGAAGACGAAGAUGAAGACAACCUCAGCGAAUACGAAGAAGCGAUCCAGCUCAGUGAAGACGAGCUCAGUGAAGUGUCCAAAGUCCGAGGAUUCACAACACUUUAGUGUUACACUCCACCAUGGGGGUGAAUUUUACAGGGUUUCUGAAGAAGAAAUUAUAUACAGAGGGGGUACGGAUACGACAGUUAAUGGGAUACAUGUUUCAAAUUGGAACAUGGAUAACAUUGAGAAGUUGUUGAGUAGGUUAGGGUAUAAGGCUGAAUGUGUUAGGGUAUGGACAAAAGUUUUAGAAAUUCAAGAUGGUUUUUUUCUAAUUAGGAAAGAUGAUGAUGCUGUUGAUGAUGUUGCUCUAUACUUAAGUGUUAUGAAUGUGAAAGGAGAUUUGUAUGUUGAACAUAGUACUGGGAACAUGGACCCUGCUGAUAGGGAACCUAAAUGUGUGAAUGAUGAUGACCACCCCCCUGAUAAUGGAAUUGUUCGGUUAGAUGAGGAGAAGGUAGAGGGGUUAGAUGACAGUGAAGAUGAAAGAGCUACUGCUUACUUUGAUGGUUUUGAAGGAAUAGACGUUACUAAGCCUAUUAGGGAGGAGUUUGAUGGUUUUGAAGGAAUAGAUGUUACUAAGCCUAUUAGGGAGGAGUUUGAUGGUUUUGAAGGAAUAGAUGUUACUAAGCCUAUUAGGGAGGAGCCCAAUAACAGUAAGGAGGAGCCCAAUAACAGUAAGGAGGAGCCCAAUAAGAGUAUGGAUUCAGAUGAUGUAUACUAUAGUGAUGAGUUGAAUAGUUCUGACCCAGAUGAUUCUUGUGAUGAAGAAAGGCCCAAGUAUGCUAGGUUUAGGAAAGAGCAUCUAAACAAAGACUUUAUAUUCAAGUGGGGUAUGGAAUUCAACACACUUGAUGACUUUAGGGCAGCUAUCCGUGAGUGGUCAGUGCUUAAUGGGAGGGAAAUUUCCUUCAUAAAGUUGUAG